AUGAGGUCCGAGGAUACCAGCAGUCGGGAGGUUCGACUAGAGCUGGAAGAUUUGGAAGCAGAGUAUGAUCAUUACAAGUCCAGUGAACAGAUAGCGGACCAGCAGGAAAUAAGCCGGACUUCUGGCGGGCCAUUUCAAAGUGCUAAAAAAGGUGAGGAUCUGGUUAAGCAAAGCGAGGUUAGGUGUUACGGUUCUUUCAGCAGCGAUUCCAUUUAUGACAGUGUUCCGACCUUUGAAGAGAGUGCAGUGUCGUUGAAGGAGUACUAUGACCAUUUCAUUAGAGAGAAGCUAACUGUGAGAAGUGCUGGAAAUUAUGUCCGUUCUAUAUUCCCGAUCGUUAAAUGGCUCCCGCAUUACAACUGGACCUGGGGCUAUGCAGAUAUUGUCGCUGGUAUUACCGUCGGAUGCGUAUUGGUUCCUCAAUCGAUGUCGUAUGCGCAAAUCGCGAGUCUACCUCCUCAGUAUGGUUUGUAUUCUUCUUUCAUUGGUGCGUUCAUUUACUCGCUGUUUGCUACGUCGAAGGACGUUUGCAUUGGGCCAGUGGCUGUCAUGUCGUUGCAGACUGCGAAAGUGAUUACGGCGGUCCUUGCUAAAUAUCCUGAAAAUACUCCAGGCAUUACCGCUCCCGUGAUCGCGACAGCACUUUCUUUGUUAUGUGGUAUUGUUGCAAUCAGUGUUGGUUUGUUGAGACUUGGCUUCCUGGUGGAGCUUAUUUCGCUCAAUGCGGUCGCUGGUUUUAUGACUGGUUCAGCUUUCAACAUCCUCUGGGGCCAAGUUCCUGCUUUGAUGGGCUACAGCAAACUUGUCAACACUAGGCAGGCCACUUAUAAGGUCGUCAUUAACACACUGAAACACUUGCCAGACACUAAAUUAGAUGCCGUCUUCGGUCUGAUUCCUUUGGUCAUUCUUUACCUGUGGAAAUGGUGGUGUGGCAGUUACGGCCCAAAGCUAGCUGAUAGAUAUUUGGCUCACAGCCCCAAGAAGAAGAAAAUCCUGAAAGGAUUUUAUUUUUAUGCUCAAGCAAUGAGGAACGCUGUCAUUAUCAUAGUGUUCACCGCAAUAUCUUGGGGCAUUACCCAUAAUAAGCCCAAGAAGAAGGGUCCUAUUAAAGUCUUAGGAACCGUUCCAUCUGGCCUAAACAAUGUGGGUGUUAUGAAAGUUCCAGAAGGCCUCUUGGCCAAAAUGGCGCCAGAAAUUCCGGCCUCCAUUAUUGUGCUUCUCCUGGAGCACAUUGCGAUUUCCAAAUCAUUCGGUAGAAUCAACGAUUAUAAGGUGGUUCCUGACCAGGAGCUAAUCGCCAUUGGAGCUACAAAUUUGAUCGGAACCUUCUUCAACGCGUACCCUGCAACGGGUUCGUUUUCACGUUCUGCUUUGAAGGCCAAAUGUGGGGUUCGCACACCACUUUCCGGUCUAUUUAGCGGAUGCUGUGUCUUGAUAGCCAUUUACUGCCUAACGGGCGCCUUUUACUACAUCCCCUCGGCCACUCUCGCCGCUGUUAUCAUCCAUGCAGUCUCUGACCUGCUAGCUUCCUAUAGAACCACUUGGAACUUCUGGAAAAUGAAUCCCCCAGACUGUGUGGCGUUUAUUGUUACGGUCUUUAUCACGGUUUUCUCCUCCAUUGAGAAUGGUAUUUAUUUCGCUAUGUGUUGGUCAUGCGCCGUGCUCCUGCUUAAGAAUGCAUUCCCUGCUGGUCGGUUCCUAGGUCGUGUCGAGGUCGCAGAGGUUUUGAACCCCACCGUUCAGUUGGUCGGUGAAUCGGACAGUUCCCUAAAUUGCCAAGAGGUGGAUGAAUACUGCGAAUCUUCCAAGAAAUUUGGACAGAUGAAACCAUCGCCCAAUGAAUUGCCAGUUACAGCAACGCCUGACAACAGGUUCCACACGAAAUGGGUCCCAUUCGACCACGGCUACACGAGGGAGCUGAAUCCAGAUAUCAAGAUAAUGCCUCCGCCACCCGGCGUCAUCGUGUACAGGUUAAGUGACAGCUUCACGUACCUCAACUGUUCCAGACACUACGACAUUAUAUUUGAUCACAUAAAGAAACACACGAGGAGAGGAAAGCUAAUACACCUGAGAAAGAAGUCUGACCGCCCAUGGAAUGAUCCUGGAGAAUGGGAAGCCCCUAGCUUCCUCAAAAACCUAUUCAAGAGAAAGAAGGACGUCACAGAUGUUGAGUCGCUGGGCGACACCAACACCGUGACUGAUGAGAGACCGUUACUCAAGGUUGUCUGCCUGGAUUUCUCCCAGGUUGUCCAAGUAGAUUCCACGGCUAUCCAGUCCCUAGUGGACCUCAGGAAGGCCGUUCACAGCUAUGCUGACAGACAAGUAGAGUUCCAUUUCGCAGGGAUAAUGUCUUCCUGGGUAAAGAGAAGUCUGCUCAGUAUGCAAUUCGGCACCGUCAACGAGGCUUUCAGUGAUGAAUCAACAAUUGCUGGUCAUUCAAGUUAUCACAUCGCUAGAGCGUCAAACUCCAUUGACAAUUCAGUCCUUGAGUAUGGUCCCUCACCAGACAGCCAAGUACUGGCAGCGACAGGCACCAACAUGCCGUUCUUCCACAUCGAGAUCCCGGAUUUUUCCAAAUGGAAUAUUUAG